GACAAAAUAUGUGCUGCUGCAUUAUUUUGAAAUAUGUAACGGAAAUAUUGUUUUUAUUACAGAGUUUAGCAAUGAGCUCUAGCCUGGUAGUGAGAGGUUCAAGGGGGCUCUGUCUUCAGAAACCUUCAGAUUUUGCUAUACACCAGGGGUUCCAGCCUGAUGAGAGUAAAUCAUGCAAGGUUUUCCAAUUCUCUCAUGACGGGACCAGACUAGCUUGGUCGAACAUGAGUACUGUCCAGAUUGCAUCUGUCAAGGAUGGUGUCUGGAGGGUCUCAGUCGUAAUUGACGCAGCAAAGGUGUAUGCUCUCCAAUGGUCCCCUAUGUCGACCCAUUUAUCAACCUGGGAACAGUAUUCACAAACAGCUGGUCAAGAACCUAGACCAAAUCUUCAUGUCUGGAACACAGGAUCAGGUAAAAAAAAACACCUUUUCAGUUCUACAAUGUACUUUUUUAUUUUUAUUUUCAAAAAUUGUUUUUUUAGGAAUGUGAAUAACGAAGUUCAGUUCUACAUAAACAACGACUUCAGCACGGUAGCUCACAAGAUCCAUAUGCAGAAGGUUGCAGACUUUAGUAUGUCACCAACCCCAGGUAGACCAUAUGUUGUAACGUAUGUUCCCGGAAGCAAAGGUGGACCAAGCUUCUGUAAACUUUUCCAGUUUCCUAACUUUGGGGAAAAUCAGGUGCUAGCGAACAAGAGCUUUUUCCAAGCUGACAGUGUUGACAUAAAGUGGAACUCCACUGGUACAGGUGUCCUGCUCCUGGUACAGGCUGAGGUUGAUAAAACAGGAGCCUCAUACUACGGGAAACAGCAACUUCACUACAUGACAACUAAAGGAGAGACCUGUAUGGUAGAGUUGAAGAAGGAAGGACCAAUAUAUUCUGUUGCCUGGAGUCCCAAGGGAGAUGUGUUCGCUGUAGUUUAUGGGUUUAUGCCGGCCAGAACAUCAUUGUAUAAUAACAAGGGAGAUGCAGUUUUUGAUUUUGGGACUGGACCGAAGAAUUUAGCGAUGUUUAAUCCACAGUCUAGUAUUCUCAUGAUCGGAGGCUUUGGAAAUCUAAGAGGGAAGAUAGAUAUGUGGGAUGUAUCUGGUCGAACUCUAAUCUCAAGUUUUGAUGCUCCCGAUACUACAGAUGUUAAAUGGAACCCUGACGGUCAGCAUAUUGUCACCUCUACCUGUGCUCCCAGACUCAGGAUUGGUAAUGGGUAUAAAAUCUGGCAUUAUUCUGGAAGUUUAAUUCAUGAAAAACUAUUCUCUCCUCCUGAUGAACUCUGGGAAACUGAUUGGCAGUCUGCACUUCCUGAAUCCAUUCCUCCUUUCAAGAUUUCUAAACAGUUAGUUUCUGGUAUACAGACCACUCAGCCACAGGUUUCCAAGCAGGUAUAUAGACCACCUGGAGCUAGAGGUACACUCAGUACCUUCAAACUACAUGAUGAGGAGCAGGAGAAAGCAAUUGCUUUCCUUGAAGGAAAGAAGGAGGAGAAACAGGAAAAUCUCAGUAAAACCGCGCAGAAGAAUAAGAAGCGGCGUGAAGCUGCCAAGAAGAAGAAAGACGAAGAACAAGAAGAGAAUGUGGGGAACAAGGUUCAAACAAAUGGAGGCUUAUCUCACCAGGACAAGGAUUCAUAUAAGGGAGCUGCAGGGUUACUAUUCGACCCUGAGAAGGAGAAGAAGAUAAAGAAGAUAAAGGAGAAACUAGGAUCUAUACAAUCAAUAAAAUCACUGCAGGGUCAAGGGAAACCUUUAGAGAAAAACCAGUUGGAGAAACUAUCCCGAGAACAGGAACUACUUGAUGAACUGAAGAAGCUUUCAGUGUAGCCAAAUAUAUUAUCUUGUACAUGAGAAUGUCUUGUCUAGAAACUGUAUUUACAAUAACAGAACUUCCACGAAA